UAUGCAUCCAAAACUGUUAAGUAACGCGAAAAUUAGGAAAGAUCUCUGUGGAAUAAUAAAACAAGAAAAAAUCUUUCAAAAACGCUUUGUAACAUUGCCAAUCGCAAAAAUGUACUAGAUGGAAUAUCGCGAAAUAUAUUCUGUGGGGAUAUACUAAAAUAUCUUUCUCAAAUAAGGCUGAUAUUAAUUAGUUUUAAUUGUGUCAAGCGGUGCUUACGUUUAAGUAAACAUGUUUAUAGACAAGCUCUGCCACCUAGCAACCAUCUGGCUCAGCCUACUGAUCGAUUAAAGUAAGGGCCGUAUAUAAAUGUAGCGGGAAGAACUGUUUUAAUCUACUUGGCAGUCCUGUACCAAACGAGAAAACCACAGGAAAAUAGGACUUCGUUUACUGGUUGCCUUUUUCUAUGCUUAAAAUGAACGUUACCGGAAUCAAUACCUCAAAGUCCUGUUUGUUUUUCGAGGUGAAUUCCGAUCGCGACCCCUCGUUUUUUACGAUGAAUAUAGUCGUGGCGGUACUGAAUGUGAUAUUUGGCUUUAUUGCGGUGUUCGCAAAUACUCUUAUCAUGUACGUUAUCUGGAAAAAUCCAUUCCUUCAUUCACCAUCCAACACAUUACUUUGCUGCCUGUCACUCGCGGACUUCUUGGUAGGUCUCCUCGCCCAGCCCGCGUUUGUAAUACAUAAGAUCGGAGAAAUACUGGACGAUUUUGACAUUUACUGUGCUACUCGCGUUAUAGCGGAGUUUGUGGGAGUACUGACAGCUAGCGUGUCUAUCCUCACCCUCGCCGCCAUUAGCGUGGAGAGACUUCUUGCUAUACGCCUCCAUCUUCGCUACAAGGAGUUAGUGACAACGUUGCGUGUCCUCAAACUUGUAGCACUCAUUUGGGUGUUCGUCAUACUUCUCCUAAUAGCGCGUUUAGUGAUAGCGAAUGAGAAAGUAUUUUUCAGCUUUUCCUUGCCUCUUGUACUCGCUUCUCUACUUGUCACAAUCGUUGCGUACAUCUUCAUAUUCCGGGUUGUCCUGCGACAUCAGUCAGUAAUAGAAGCCCACUCGGCAACACCAGCGAAUCACCAAACCCACAACGGGCGAAGACAGACUCUGGCGUUUAACUUCCUAAAAUACAAGAAGUCCACCUUAACAAUGUGCUACAUCUUGGGGAUCUUCCUUCUUUGUUACUUGCCAAUGGUUGUAGUUGUUCUGUUACGGGGAAUUGUGCAGUAUUCUCUGGCCAUGAAGAUAGCAUAUUUUACAUCUACUACAAUAGUGAACCUGAACUCUUCCAUCAACCCGGUGGUUUACUGCUGGCGAGUAACGAACAUUCGAUGCGCCGUCAAACGAACGCUGAGUAAGAUGGUCGGUGAAAGGUGGCAGGGAGAGUUUGAACUAACGGAUUUUGGUAACGCGACGAAAAGACCUCAAGGUGUUGGAAAUAAUCGUGAUGGGCAACUCGCCACUCAAACAACAAGCCAAUAACAAAUACCAUCUGAUGACAUGGAAAUUUCAUUUAACUUUUUGGCGAGCUGUACUGGCCUCAAAAACGCAAAGAGGUGUAGAGUGUAUAGUCUUGCAAAGCAAGAGGACUUUUAUCGUGGCUUUUGCUGCGGCUAGAGCAAAGGAAAAACUUCGAAGAAAAGACCAUCGAGCGGCAUCUGACCAUAACUAAAUAGUAUACAGAAAAAGUACUUAAAAACUUUAAAGAAAGGUCGCAAUCAAACAGUGUCAGAACAUGAUAAGCCUGUAAAAAAAUCGCAAUUUUCUAUUUAUAAUAUAGUGCGGAAUAGAAGGAGUCAAAAUCCACAAGCAUUUGAAGAAAGUGUAGAGGUGAAGCGCCAUAGAAUCAGCGCGGUGCUACAAGAGCGUACUGUCAUGCAUCUGUGAAAAUUUGAACAAUUGACGCCAAGUAUUCAACGGAUUCUUCUAUAUUUAGGUAAUGCUCUACAUGGAAUAGGACUACAAAGAAAAGAAAAGAAAAGAACAGAAAAACCGCUUUGUUGUUUGUUUGUUUGUCUUUUAUUUAAUAUAAAUAAGUAUAUAGUAAGCGCUUAACGCAAAAACAACAAUACACACUUGCUUUUUAUCUUUCUUCCCGCAAUCUUCCCCUUCUAUGGUGCAAAAAGUGGGUUAAUGUAAUACAAAUUUAAAUUGAUUGUGUGUAUUUAUUGAUAAAGUGAAGGGCAAAUAUUUAUUUGUCAAAAUUGCAAAAAGAACCGUAUAAGAGCUGUAUACUCAAAUGAAUCGUGUACAAAGAUAUGUGUUUGUAGAUGAAAUGCAAUAUACCGUUAAGGAAAAUGCAUGUUAAAAAUAUAGCAUCAAGAUGUGUAAGAUAUGCAUAUAAAAGUCAAGUAAACUGG